AGGGUGUCUCAAUCAUCAUUCAUCAUCCUGUUGUUGGAACCAGAAGAAGACAAGAAAAGGUUAAUCAUGAAGAUAACCUAUCUUGUCAUCGCUCUUGGAUUGCUUUGCACUUUUGCUUACGCUCAAGCAAAACUUGAAGAUGGGGUUAUGAAAGAAUCCGAUGAAAAAACAGCCCCAGUGGAAACUGUCGAGGAAGAAUUAGUAGAAAAUUAUGAUGAAAAUCCAGAAGAAGAAAGUAAUGAUGAAAGUCCAGAAGAAGAAAGUGAUGAUGAAAAUCCAGAAGAAGAAAGUGAUGAUGAAAAUCCCGAAGAAGAAAGUGAGGAUGAAACUGACCCCGAACAUGACUUAGAACAAAGUGAUGAUCGUGAACUCACAGAGAACAAUAAUGAUGUGAAAGCUGAUCCAAGUGUAGAAAACGCUCGCCUUUGUUUAGUCGUCGUCGUCGUUAUUAUAGACGUCGCCGUAUUUGGCGUCUCCGUUUUAGACGUCGUUCUGUGUUCCGUCGCCGUUAUUAUAGACGUCGUCGUAUUUGGCGUCUCCGUUUUAGACGUCGUUCUGUGUUCCGUCGCCGUUAUUAUAGACGUCGUCGUAUUUGGCGUCUCCGUUUUAGACGUCGUUCUGUGUUCCGUCGCCGUUAUUAUAGACGUCGUCGUAUUUGGCGUCUCCGUUUUAGACGUCGUUCUGUGUUCCGACGCCGUUAUGUGCACCGAAGACGUCGUAGUAUCCAUACACGACGUUGGAUCGGCUAAUAUGGCAGAAACUCGUAUGGAUCGAUCUGUGGAAAGUGUGGCGAUUAAUAAGAAACAUUCGUUUAAUUUUAGCGUACUUGAAGUUGGCAUUGUUGUAUGAUUUGCCUGUAGAAAAUAGAUAUUUGCAUCGAUCAUUGA